AUGGCUCCCCAAACCGCAGAGCAAAUCAUCGCCGAGCUCAGCGCGCCGCCGCCCGUGGGUGCCCCUCACGCCGUACCGAUCCCCGGCUCCGAGCGCCCCAACCGCACCGCCGUCUACCGCCACUGGCGUUUCCGCGAUCAGCCUCUCCUGACCAAGCUCGAGCCCGAGGUCGAGUCCGUUCACGAUCUCCUCGAGCUCGCCAUCAAGAAAUAUGGCCCUAGAAAGGCGCUUGGUGUGCGCAAGUGGAAUCCCGCCACGCAGGAGCACGAGAACAAGUUCGACUGGAUGACAUAUGCUGAGAUGGGCGAGCGUCGCAAAAACCUUGGCGCUGGUAUUGUCGACGUUGUUCAGCAGGCCGGCUACACUAACAGCAAAUACGGUGUUGGUAUCUGGUCUCCCAACAGCCCGGAGUGGCACCUUGUUGAUAUGGCCUGUACCUCGCAGAGCCUCUUCAGUGUGUCGCUCUACGAGACGCUCGGCCCCGACACCACCGAGUACAUUAUCAACCAUGCCGAGCUCCCGGCUGUUGCUUGCACGGCCAACCACAUCCCCGUUCUCAUCAAGCUCGCCUCCCGUGUGCCUACUCUGAAGAUCAUCAUCUCCAUGGAUCCCUUGGACAAGGGCGAGCACAAGGACAAGAACCCUGGUAACAUCCUGAGAGACAUCGCCGCUCAGAGUGGCCUGAAGCUCUAUGAACUCCAGCAACUUGAGGAGAUUGGCCUCAAGAGCGGCCGUGGCUUCCGGCCCCCCACAUGGAACGACAUUACCACAAUCAACUAUACCUCGGGUACCACUGGUCCUCCCAAGGGUGUUGUCAUGCACCAGGGAAAUGCUGUCUCGGCUAUCAACGGUGCUCGCUCCAUGGGCAACGUCCAGGCUAACGACAUUCACAUGUCGUAUCUGCCCCUCGCUCAUAUCUAUGGCCGCAUGAUCGACCAGCUUGCCAUCGUCUCCGGUGCCGCCGUUGGUUUCUUCCGUGGCGAUGUGCUCGGACUCGUGGACGACAUGAAGCUCCUGAAGCCGACGUCCUUCCCCUCUGUGCCCCGUCUCUUCAACCGCUUCAACUCGGCCAUCAAGGCAGCCACUGUUGAGUCACCCGGCUUCAAGGGUGCCCUCUCCCGACACGUCAUCGAGGUCAAGAAGGGCUACAUGCGCCAGCCGCCCGGAAGCACCACCAACACACACUUCUUCUACGAUAGACUCUGGACCAAGAAGGUCCGUGCUGCCGUCGGUCUCGACAACGCCCGUUCCAUGAUCAGCGGCAGUGCCCAGCUUGACCCCGAUGUGCAGGAGUUCCUCGGUGCUGCGUUCGGCAACGAGUUCCGCCAGGGUUACGGCAUGACGGAGACGUAUGCCGGCGCUACCGUGCAGCUGAGCCGCGAUUACUCCGCUGGCAACCUGGGACCUCCUCUCCCCUGUCUCGAGCUUUGCCUCGAGUCGGUCCCCGACUACAACUACAGCGUCGACGACAAGCCUAACCCCCGUGGUGAAGUGCUCAUGCGUGGUCCUACCAUGUUCCAGGGAUACCACAAGAACGAGGAGGAGAACAAGAAAGCCCUCGAGGCUGACGGCUGGUUCCACUCGGGCGAUAUCGGCGAAAUUGACAGCCUUGGCCGUCUCCGUAUCAUCGACCGUAAGAAGAACGUCCUCAAGCUCGCACACGGUGAGUAUAUCUCGCCGGAGCGCAUCGAGAACGUCUACCUGGGCAACACCAACAUUGUCGCCACCGCGUACGUGCAUGGUGAUUCCAAGGAGGCUACUCUCGUGGCCAUCUUUGGCGUCGAUCUGGAGAACUUCCCCCCGUUUGCCAGCAAGGUCCUGGGCAAGCCCGUUCCCGCCGGCGACCACGCUGCCAUCAACGCCGCCGCCGGCGACCCCAAGGUCAAGGUGGCCGUCCUCAAGGUGCUGGACAAGAUUGGCCGCAGCCACAAGUUCAACAACUGGGAGCGCGUCCGCAACGUGCACCUCGUCAUCGAUCCCUUUACCCCCGACAAUGGCCUGCUGACUCCCACUCUCAAGCUCAAGCGCCCGCAAGCCGCCAAGGCUUUCCGCGGUGAUAUCGACCGCAUGUACGCCGAGGUCAAGGCCACGGAGGAGCCUAGCAAGUUUAAGCUGUAG